UUUUUAUUUUAGAUUAAAUGUCAUAAAAUCAAGUUGAAUAGAAAAUAUCUUUAAGAUCUGCUCUCUCUUACUCCGUUUACAGAUUGCUGACAAUUAACUGAUCAAUUUUGUGAGGAAAAAUUUAACUAUGGAUGGAACUACAAAUUAAACCCCCAAAGGUCCAAAAAAAGUUCAGCAUGGAAACAGUUCGUAGUAGCCUCGAGGUCCCAGAUCUACGUCCUUUAUUUCGAAGGUCAACCUCUCCAACUAUUGUUCUAUCUAUUGACGAACCUGAGGUGCUGUGGACUAAACCCUUGAAGAUUCAACCAAACUUUGACGAAGACGAACCUGAGUUUGAAAUUCAAGUUUCCAAGUCUGCAACACAAUCUCCGAAACAUUCUAACUCGAUAUCUCCAGUCCUGACAUGUCCUCCCUCCCCCCAGCGUUCUAAGCCAGGAUCUAGGAAGAACUCGGAUACAUCAAGUAAAGUCAACUCAAAGAGCAGUUCCAGGAAGAAUUCCUUCACUAUGUGUUUAUCCCCGAACAGAAGUCUAGUCUCCAGUCCGGAAACGUCUCCGACGGAGUCUAAAACCCAAUUUCUCAGUCCGGACCCGAGCCUGUUCAACCUGCCUAAGUCGAAGGUUAAACUCCUGAAGAAAACAGCUAGUGUCAAACAACUUUAUAAUAAUGUCCUUCAGGCUCUGAGAACAAUAUCGAGAUCCAAGAAUGAAAUCCUUCCUGAUCUUACAAAAACAUUUUUCGAGAAUAUUCUUCGGGACUCCGAGGGGCACUCAGGUCUUCAAGUAACGAAGGUUGAGGUUAAGGACGGAGCUGAGUUUGGGAGACAUUUCUGUUCCGAGGUUCACGCUGUCGACGUUUACGUUAAAAUCAAGGAUGAGAGUAAAGAGAAGGAAGGGAGCCGGGAGAGGAUGGAUGGAAACAAGGAGAAAAUAUAUAAACUUAUAAUCAAAUCUUUACCACAAUCUGAGGAUGCAAGAAAUUUUCUUCAACCCAGUCACACAUUUGAGAAGGAGGUUCAGAUGUACAGUACAGUUUUCCUUGAUAUGGCUAGUUUCGUGAAAUCUAAGACAAAUAUUCCGUUGGAUAGUCAUGAGAGUCAAGUAGUAGAUAUACCUCGCUGCUACUAUUCCAGAUGGACAGGAGAAGGUAGUUCUAAGGAUGAUAUGAUUAUCAUGGAAAAUUUGGUUCCUCAAGGUUUUGUUCCUCUAAAACAAGGCGAUCCAAAGAUGAAUGUGGAACACGCAGAGUUAACAAUCAGAGAAAUAGCUAAAUUCCACGCAAUCAGUUUAUGUAUGAGUGAGAAUUCUCCUGAAGUUUUGCUGGAGAAAUAUCCUAAACUUAGAGAAGAUUCAUUAUAUAGAGAAGAUACUAGAGAGUUUACAAACAGGACUAUGACACCAGUCAUGGCAAGUUUAGCUGAGGUUCUCAGAUCCAGUACUGACUACUCACCCUGUUAUCCAUGGUUUGUCAGACUUGCUAAAAACUUUCAUAAUAUUCAGAUUCAAAUAGUUCAGCCUCAGGGGCAGUUUGCUGUCAUAUGUCACGGAGACCUCUGGUGGUCAAAUAUUCUGUAUAAAUACGAUCAGAACGAUAAACCAUUGGAGGUCAAGUUUAUAGAUUUCCAAUCUAGUCGGGUCUCAAGUCUAGUCACAGACCUGCUGGCCUUCACCUUCACCUCCCUACCUUCCUUCAUCAGGAGGCAGCAUAUAGACAGCUUACUUAAGCUUUAUCACUCGACCUUCCUUGCCAGCUGUUACUCGCUUCAGUGGAGCAAACAGCUGUUUAGUCUAGAGGAUCUACAGGCGGAGUUCAGAAAACAUCUCUUAUUUGGAUUCAUUGAAGGAAUUUGGUAUUUGGAUAUAGUUUAUCAGGGAGAUAGACCAGGACAGGCUGUGGUUUGUGAUGACGAGGAGAGUAUGGAGGGUGAGGAGCAGGAUCAGGUGGAGACCAGGAUACGGUUAAACAGUGAGGAGGAGUGGGAGGCCAAGGAGCUAAAGGAGAAGGAGAAACUUCUCUUCCAGGUUCAGGAGACAGAGAACCAGGAGAACUACAGGAAUGAUUUCUUCACAAUGUUGGAGGACGUUCUCAUCCUCUCUAAUAUAGAGGACAACGAAAUUUCAAUUGAGAAGUUUUUGGAUCAAGCGCUUUAAAUACAAAUCAGGGGGUUAAUUAAAAGACCCAAACAUAACCAAACGACGAUUUUACGUAAAAUAUUUGCAUGCGGGUUUUAAAUAAGAAUUUCUAACAGAGGUUACUUUAAUUUUAGUUUAGCUUUGAAUGAUUCAAAUUUUACAAUUAGACA